ACUUGACAAAGUUGUGUGAUUGGUGGUGAAACUAACGACGAUCGUCUCAACGAAUUGCAAUUUUUCGAACGAAAUUUGUAUUUCCCGUGCAAGGAAGAUCAAAAUGAUGGACUAAUUAUCAAAUAUUCAUUAAGCAUUAUAUUUAUACGUAGAAAUCUAAUUUGAAAAAUGUCGGUUUUCUUUGUAAAUGCGAACCAGGACAGCGAAGUGGAAGGAGAUUCAAAUGGUGAUUUACAAAUCGCUUCGCCUGGGAGUUCGGAAGCCCAGCAAAAUUUGACACAAUUCUGGCCAAAAGUUACGGAGGAAAUUAAAAAAAUUACCACAAUGGACCUUAAGACACAAUCGCUGCCACUGGCGAGGAUAAAAAAGAUAAUGAAGCUGGACGGCGAUGUGAAAAUGAUAAGUGCCGAGGCGCCAAUGUUAUUUUCGAAAGCGGCGGAAAUUUUCAUUCACGAGUUGACAUUACGCGCUUGGGUCCACACAGAGGACAACAAGAGGCGAACUCUGCAGAGAAACGAUAUCGCGAUGGCCAUCACAAAAUACGAUCAAUUCGAUUUUCUCAUUGACAUCGUGCCCCGCGAUGAACUCAAGCAGAGCAAGGCGCAAAACGACAAUACAGUUCGUACUUCUAUGAAUUCCGAUCAGGUUCAUUAUUACUUUCAACUUGCCCAGCAGCAAGCCUCGGCCAAUCAGAAUGUACAAAAUAACGGAACUAAUCAACCUAUUCAAAUUGUUCAACCUUCCUCGGGACACAUUCAGACUAUUAACAUUGGGAGCUCGGAGGACACGAAUACGCAGUCGGUAAAUGUACAAAGUCCGCAGCAAACGUCAAAUCAGACGGUAAUUCAACUGCAGCAACCCCAACAGAAUCCUUCCACUCAAGCCGGUGGCAUACAAAUCGUACAACAAAUUGUCACACCAAAUGGAGAAAUUCAACAAAUUCCGAUUCAACUGACGCCGCAACAAUUGCAAAUGAUACGAAUGCAAGUCCAGGGUGGCAGUAAUCAACCAAUAAUUAUUCAAGCGGCUCCAAUUCAAGCACAGCCGCAAUUAAUUCAAGUCGCGCAAGGUGGACAGGCACCUGUUUUCCUUCAAGCGAGCAACGCCGACAACGAGUAAUUUUUUUCAAUGAAAAACCCACUAUUUUAUUUUUUAUUCGAGAAUUAAAAAAAAAACCUACGUUCGAUUUCGAAAAUUCUUCUAUUCCCUUCCAAAUUAAGAAAACAAGAAAAAAAAAUUAGGGCAAUUCAAAAAUUGUAGUGUUUGACAAUUUGAGAGUGAAAUAGAAGAUAAUGUAUGUUUAUUUAGUUGUAAGGUAUUAAUUAAUCUUUUGAUGUUUCUAUGAAACGAAAAUUUUUCUCUUUCGCAUAUUAAGAUGUAUUCUAAAUAAACACAUUUUCUUAAGAA